AUGAUUUUUGAUGAGAAAAUAAAUGCUGAAUUUACUUUCAUAUUCAAAAUAGCUAGUAAUUAAUAUUUUAGAAUGAUUUUUGAUGAGAAAAUAAAUGCUGAAUUAACUUUUAUAUUAAAAAUAGCUAGUAAUUAAUAUUUUAGAAUGAUUUUUGAUGAGAAAAUAAAUGCUGAAUUAACUUUCAUAUUCAAAAUAGGAAGUAAUUAAUAUUUUAGAAUGAUUUUUGAUGAGAAAAUAAAUGCUGAAUUAACUUUCAUAUUCAAAAUAGCAAGUAAUUAAUAUUUUAGAAUGAUUUUUGAUGAGAAAAUAAAUGCUGAAUUAACUUUCAAAUUCAAAAUAGAGUACCGUAAUAAUAUUAUAGAAUGAUUUUUAAUGAGGAAUUAAAUUAUGAAUAAAAUAAAAAUUGAAAAUAGCGAGUGGUAAGGAUUGGAAGAAGAUAACUAGAAGAAAUGGAAUAUUAAUUUUAUAUUGAAUAAUAUAGCGAGU